AUGACUCUGACCACGCCUGCUCCUGUGUGCUUAUCCUUCGUCCAAAACGAUGCCUCGUACUAUCGACUUAUUGCGAUUGCUCACCAGGCCAGUCAAGCAAUCCUCGCUAUUUACGACUGUGGCGAUUACGGAGUGCAGUUGAAAGACGAUGCCUCGCCGCUGACGGACGCCGACAAAGCGGCUCACGAACUCAUUGUCGCUGGCCUCCAAAAAAACUGGCCCAGCAUCCCUAUCGUGAGCGAAGAAGACCAAGAUCGGACCGCCUACGAAUCACUGAAGCGUGAGGAGUGCCACUGGCUCGUAGACCCCCUGGACGGAACGAAAGAAUUCAUCCAAAAAAAUGGGCAGUUCACUGUCAACAUUGGUCUUUGCCAAAAUGGACAACCGAUUGCUGGAGUUGUCAUCGUACCCGUAACAGGUCACUGCUAUUUCGGAGGAACCGUAUACGGUGCCUAUAGACUCAAUUUGAACGAGGCAAUGAAACGCAACGCGGUAAUCAACAUGGAAGCGACUUCCGCGAAAUUGGCGACUGAACACAUCGAGGUCGAACAUAUUGUGGCCAACUUUGCCGAAAGGGUCCAUGUAGCAAGUGCUAAGUGGUCUGACCGUGGCUUAACCGUCAUGGCUAGCCGUUCUCACGGUAGCGUGCUGACAAAUGCAAUACUUGCUACGUUUCACGAACCGAAUCUGGUGAAAUCAGGGUCCAGUUUGAAGAUUCUACAAGUCGCUGCGGGUCAGGUCCACGUGUAUCCCAGGCUCGUCCCCUGCUGCGAGUGGGAUACCUGCGCUGCUCAUGCAGUCCUGCUUGCGGCUGGUGGUCACAUGUACCAACUGAACAGCAACCAAAAAAUGCUGCGGAAAGAGCUUGAGUACGGCAAGCCAGACCUGCUCAAUCCUUUCUUCAUUUGCAUGGGAGAGAUAAGCGAUAUACCGGAGCACCUGCUUGAAAAUCACUAA